AUGGCAUCAGCGACACGAUGUCAAAGAGAACGAGGACGAGACAGAAAAGAUAGUGUUUUGCUCCCACCGCCACGCGACCAUCUGAUCUGUCUGCUCCAAUUCAACGUAUACCGAGCGUUUGUUUCCAAUGUCGCCUUACUUGGUCUGGAUUUGAAUCUCAUGUAUACGGAUGACUAUCCGUCUCCUUUCUUGCCGCUGUCUCAGAGUGCCAAUUCGCAGAUUCGCCAGCUUCCGCCAACGCUGCAACCCACAGAACUCCAGAAGACUAUUGCACAUCAUGCACAGUGGGAUGUCAUCCCGGACCCGGACCUCAGAGAUAAUAUUUUACGGUUUGGCGAGGAGAAUAUUGACGAUGUCGAGUUGUGUCUUGAUAUGGUGGGGGACGGAAACUAUGAUGAUGAUUCUACGGAGCGAAGCCAAGUAGGUUCUAGUAAUGGGAAGAAAGACUUAGAUGUGGAUCUAGAUGCUGAUGCUGGAACGGAACCGGAAACCCAGCACAAGGUUGGGUUCAUUGCUUGGGGAGAGCCUUGGGAUGUCAAUGGAUGGGAAGUCACGAGAGGAUUUGCGCUCAAAUGGCCUUUUCUUUUGAGGAGUGCAACGAGAAUUCAGGAGAGUACGAAUCGGUGGAGAGUCCGGAGGGGCCAAAAGCCGCUGGACUUUGAGCGUAUACUGAGUCAAGGGACUACUUCUGGUGACAAGUAG